AUUAGGUUGUGAACACUCAGACCAUCCACUCACAAUAUUCCAAUCGAUUUUCAGCAUAAAAUCUCUCUCAUUUUCCUAGGAUAAAUUUCAGCUGCAGGAAAAAAGUUCGAGAAUGGCAACUGAGGGGAAGACCGACCACAUGACAGAUAACAAGAAGCAGGUCCAAGAAGCCAAGGAGAAGGUCUACGAGACGGCCCAAGCCGCGAAAGACCGGACCAUAGAAUCCAAGGACCAAACUGCUAGUUACUUCUCUGAAAAAACCGGUGCCACCAAAGACAAGGCAUCUGAGGUAGCUCAAUCGGCCCAAGCCGAGAAAGACAAGUCAUCUGAGGUGGCCCAAGCCAAGAAAGACAAGACCGCCGGUGGUCUCGGAAAUACAGCGGAGCAAGUCAAGAGCGUGGCGGCUAGCACGAUGGAGGCCGUGAAACAGAAGUUGGGCAUGGGUACUAAGGAUAAUAACAAUUAGUUUUUAAAAUUUGGAAGUGUUUCUUGAUUGUUGUUGUUGUUGUGUUUGUUUUCAUUGUGUUUAUAUUUGGUUUAAUUCCGUUGUUGGUCUUGUUUGUUUCGAGUUGCCUCAUAUUUGAAGUGAUCGUGAUUCACUUCUUUCAAGGGGCUAGCCGUGUGUUCGAAUCAAUACUUAGUUUUCUGAAAAAGUACAUCUUUUAGAGAUCA